AGCCCUCCAUCGAGGAGGCCCGGCAGCAGAUGCUCUGCCUGCUGGACGACGCCUUCGCUCUGGUGUCUCCGUCCUCGGGGGGCAGCGGGGGGGUGAGCGGACCCUCCCCCCGACCCCCUUACUCCGCUGCCUCCCCACACAGCCCCUUCUCCGCGAGGUACGCUGAGCUCGGCAUGUCUCCCACGUCGAUGCAGAACCUGCUGCAGAGGCAGGGCCUCAGCUCCGGAGGGUUUGUUUCCACCGGAGAGCAGGACUCUGUUUACUCCAGCAGGCGGCAGUACGAGGACCCCCCCUCCUCGUCCAGACCGCGACCUGUAGGGGGAAGCACAGGUGCGCAGCUGCACCACCUGACCCAGGUGGGUUUGUCCAGUCAGAUCGGAGUGUACCCCGGGGUCGGUCGCAGCAUGUCCGGACCCACCGGGUCCAGCUGGAACCAGCAGCACUCGGACCAGGACCUGAGCCGGUCCGGAGCCAGCAGAGAGAGCGUUUUGUCGUUUCCUGAGUUUUCCUCCUCCUCAGUUUUCCAUAUGCCCAGCUCCUCGUUGCGGGACCCGUCGGCGCCGCCUCUCCUCCUGACAUCCCCGACCCCGGAGUACCCGCCGGAGGACGCCUCGCCCUCCGCCCACACCUCCGCCUCCCUCAUUAAGGCCAUCAGGGAGGAGCUGCGCCGCCUGGCCCAGAAACAGGUGGCCGUCACCAGCUACCCUUAGACUGGUGGAUCAGGACUCAACUGGUUUCAUCCAUUAUAGUUUUUCACAGCCUAACUUUGGAUUACAACCAUGAACCAUGAACUGAUCCGCCUUGUCUAGAACUAACUAACUAACUACGUAUGUGCUGCUAAGCCCCAAAUGACUCUGGAUCUCGAUCCAGGACAGUAUCUGAAAGACCUCCGGUGUUGAACAGGGUCCCGUCUGUCGGUCCGUCAUCCGUCAGCUCAGUGUUUCAUCAGAGUUCACGUUUCCAUUGAAGUGCUUCCUGGAGUGGAUUCACAGAUCAUCCUCGCUGGUUUUCAGGAGCAGAUCAUUGAACACCUGAAGCUGCAGUUCAUUCCCAAAGGUCUGGAGCUCUGAACCUCUGGAACCUCUGGAACCUCUCCUGGAAGUUCUUCCGGACCUUAUGGAGUGGAUUGUCCCCUGAACUGUUCCUGAGGCAACCCAUUCCUUAACAUCCGGAGUGGAUCUGACCUCAUGAUGAUCUGGAGUGCACAGUCCUUACAGAGUCCACCAAAUUUCUACUUGCCCCUCCUGAAGUUCCUCAUUCGGAUGGUUCCACCUCAGGUUCUUCAUCAGACGACCCCCCCUAAAGUUCUUAAUCGGAUAGUCCCUCCUGAAGUUCUUCAUUGGACGAUCCUUCCUGAAAUUCUGGCGUGAAUCGACCUACCUGAGGUUCUGCAGUAGACGUUCCCUCCUGAGGUUCUGCAGUAGAUGUUCCCCCUGAGGUUCUGCAGUAGAUCUUCCCUCCUGAGGUUCUGCAGUAGAUCUUCCCUCCUGAGGUUCUGCAGUAGACGUUCCUUCCUGAGGUUCUGCAGUAGACGUUCCUUCCUGAGGUUCUGCAGUAGAUCUUCCCUCCUGAGGUUCUGCAGUAGACGUUCCCUCCUGAGGUUCUGCAGUAGAUCUUCCCUCCUGAGGUUCUGCAGUAGAUGUUCCCUCCUGAGGUUCUGCAGUAGACGUUCCCUCCUGAGGUUCUGCAGUAGAUCUUCCCUCCUGAGGUUCUGCAGUAGAUCUUCCCCCCUGAGGUUCUGCAGUAGAUCUUCCCCCCUGAGGUUCUGCAGUAGAUCUUCCCCCCUGAGGUUCUGCAGUAGAUCUUCCCCCCUGAGGUUCUGCAGUAGAUCUUCCCCCCUGAGGUUCUGCAGUAGACGUUCCUUCCUGAGGUUCUGCAGUAGAUCUUCCCCCCUGAGGUUCUGCAGUAGAUGUUCCCC